AUGAGCCAAUUGCGCACCAAGACGCCAGAUGGUGAUGCUGAGCGCGAGGAGGAAAUUCAAUACGGUUCUGAAGAGGCCCGACGUGAGCUAGACGAAAAAUACCCAAACAGACCACAUAACUUCGCCAAGACGCUGCUCUUCUCGGAUCUUUACCGAGACCUCUUCAAUCCGCUCAAUGAGAACAAACGGCAGCCCACCGGCGGCGUUGCCCGCAAGAAGGGCCCCCGCAGUCAAACGCAGCUCUCGCCGCAAGAGCAGCGUCGGCACAUCAUCGACCGCUUCAUCGGGCGCUGGCGCAAGGAGGUCGGCCCAGACUUCUACCCUGCGCUUCGCCUCAUCCUGCCCGACAAGGACCGCGACCGCGGCGUCUACGGCUUGAAGGAGAAUGCCAUAGGAAAGCUUCUCGUCAAGCUGAUGAAGAUCGACAAAAACUCGGAAGACGGGUACAAUCUGCUGCACUGGAAGCUCCCGGGACAGACUACAGCGUCGCGGCUUGCGGGUGACUUUGCGGGGCGCUGCUUCGAGGCCAUCUCCAAACGCCCGAUGCGCACCGAGCCCGGCGACAUGACGAUUGCCGAGGUGAAUGAGCAGCUGGACAAGCUGGCUGCUUCCGGGGGAGAGAAUGAGAACCUGCGCGUGUUGGAGACGUUUUACAAUCGUAUGAAUGCGGAAGAGAUGCUGUGGCUGAUUCGCAUCAUCCUGCGCCAGAUGAAGGUAGGCGCGACGGAAAAGACGCUGCUGUACCUGUGGCAUCCAGACGGCGAGACCCUGUUUAGCGUAUCAUCGAGCUUGCGCCGGGUGUGCUGGGAGCUGUACGAUCCUGCGAUGCGGCUCGAGCAGGAAGGCGCGGGCAUCACGCUGAUGCAGUGCUUCCAGCCGCAGCUGGCGCAGUUUCAAACGCCGGCCUCGUUCCAGAAGAUGAUAGACCUGCUGCGGCCGACGGCGGACGACCCCGAGUUCUGGAUCGAGGAAAAGCUCGACGGCGAGCGCAUGCAGAUGCAUAUGAUGGAGGACCCGAGCACCCCGGGCGGCAAGCGCUUUUGCUUCUGGUCGCGCAAGGCAAAGGACUACACGUAUCUCUACGGUCAUGGCUUCCAAGACGACAACUCCAGCCUGACGCGCCAUCUGAAAAAGGCUUUCGCGUCGGGCGUGCGCAACAUUAUACUCGAUGGCGAGAUGAUUACCUGGGACAUGGGUGUCGACAAGAUGGUGCCCUUCGGCACGCUCAAGACGGCCGCGCUCGCCGAGCAGCAGAACCGCUCGGGCUCGGACUCGUCGGGGCAUCGCCCUUUGUUUCGCGUUUUUGACAUUCUGUACCUCAACGACAAGCAGCUGACGCAGUACACGCUGCGUGACCGCCACAAUGCGCUGGAAAAGGCCGUCAAGCCUGUGCAUCGCCGUCUCGAGAUCCACGGCUACACGAGCGCCACGUCGUCCGACGCCAUCGAACCGCUGCUACGUGACGUCGUCGCCAACGCCUCCGAGGGCCUGGUGCUCAAGAACCCGCGCUCCAUGUACCGCCUCAACAGCCGCAACGACGACUGGCUCAAGGUCAAGCCCGAGUACAUGUCCGAGUUUGGCGAGUCGCUGGACUGCCUCGUCAUCGGUGGCUACUACGGCUCGGGCAAGCGCGGCGGCAUACUGUCGAGCUACCUGUGCGGACUGCGCGUGUCGCCCAACUACGUCCAGGCCGGCGCCAAUCCGGAAAAGUGCUUCAGCUUCUUCAAGGUCGGCGGCGGCUUCCGCGUCGAGGACUAUGCCGAGAUUCGGCACCGCACCGAGGGGAAGUGGAUUGACUGGGAUAUCAAGAAUCCGCCGUCAGAGUACAUUGAGCUUGGCGGUGGCGAGGCCAAGCAGCUCGAGCGUCCGGAUGUGUGGAUCCGGCCCAAAGACUCGAUCGUUGUGUCUGUCAAGGCAGCGAGCGUAGGUCCGUCCGAUUCGUUUGCCCGGGGCUACACGCUGCGCUUCCCGCGCUUUCGACGGCUGCGGCUGGAUCGCGCGUGGGAUAGCGCCCUGUCGGUGGAAGAGUUCCAGAGCUUGAAGCAGCAUGUGGAUGAGGAGUCCAAGGAGAAGGCCAUGACGAUGGAGGACCGAAAGCGGCGCAACCCGAAACGCCUAAAGAGGGAGCUCGUCAUUGUGGGCGAUGACAAGGCUCCCCUGCCGCACAAAACUGCAAAGGCGACAAAGCUCUUUGAAGGGAUCGAGUUUUGCGUGCUUUCCGAGUCGCUAAAGCCCUUCAAACAUACCAAGGCGCAGCUCGAAAUCAUCAUCCAGGAAAAUGGCGGCACUGUUUCCCAACGUGCCGCACCAGGCACAACCAUGGUCAUCAUCGCCGACAAAAAGGUCGUCAAGGUCGCCAGUCUCAUCAAGCAAGGCGAAGUGGACAUUAUCCGUCCACGAUGGAUCCAGGACUGCCUCACGCAGCUGCAGGCCGACACGGACGCCGGCGCCGACGCCUUUCUGCUGCCGUACGAAGAGGCGCACCUGUUCCACGCCACGGACGCGCUGCGGCACGUGGCGGCGCAGAACACGGACCAGUACGGCGACAGCUACGCGCGGGACCUGCCGCUGGAGGAGCUGCGCGCGUUGAUGCGCGACAUGCCCAAGAUUGAGAGUGGAGGUGGAGUGCCGUUUGACAAAGCCCGGUUCUUGGAGGAGCUGGAGGAGAGAGGAAGGGAUAUAUCGGCGCAGCUGCGGAGUAUGGUGUUUCAGCGGUGCGUGGUGUAUAUCCACCGUGGAGGGGAUGGUGCGGGUGAAGAGGCGGAGGCGGACAGGCUCGCGAGAUAUGUACGAUAUGGAGGUGGAGCGUGUGUAGAUGGGCUGGAGAGCGAGGGUCUUACGCAUGUUGUGCUGACCGGGGAGAGCAAAGAGGUUGCGGACAGUUUGCGGCGGGAGUUGAGCACGAGAGCGAAGCUGCCGCGUCUAGUGGGUGGCAGCUGGAUCGAGGCAUGCUGGAAGGAAAAGUCGCUCGUCGACGAGGAACAAUACAGCGUCUAA